CGAGCUCAGAUAGAUAAUAUGGCUUCUAACUACUUAUGCUACUCCGUCGUCAUCUUUACUUUCGCUCUAGUUCCGCCGGCUUGGAUAUCGGCGGAGAGUGGAGCUCCACCGCAGGUGUCUAACUCCGAUGACUCCAAAAUCAAGGUGAACGUACACGCCGCCACCAUUAUACUCUGUUUCAUUGCUUUGUUUUUCUUAAUCGGCAUCAUCACCGUCUAUGUACGUCAGUGCGCCGAGCGAAGGAUGGCUCUGGACUUCUCCGACGGAGAAACGGGCUCGCGGCGACGGCGACGUCGGGCCGUCACGCGCGGGCUCGACACGGAUUUUAUCGACACGUUUCCCACGUUUCUUUACUCAGAUGUUAAGGGGCUGAAGUUGGGGAAAGGGGCGCUAGAAUGCGCCGUGUGUUUGAAUGAGUUCGAGGACGACGAGACGCUCCGCCUGCUUCCGGCGUGCUGUCAUGUCUUCCACCAUGACUGCAUCGACGUCUGGCUUGCGUCACACGUCACCUGUCCGGUUUGCCGUGCGAAUCUCGUUCCUACCGCCGACGAACAGGGGAGUGAGGGAUGGAUUGCUAUACUGAGUCAUCACCCGGUAAAUGACUCGCUCAACUAUGAAGUUCGUGACUCAAUCCGCCCGGAGAUGGAAAUAACCAAUGCCUCGCCGGCGCCGGAGGAUCCAAUUCCACUCCAAGCUCCUAUACUGAACCGUCCGCCGAGAUCAACGCCAAGACGACAGCGACUCGCCGGGAAAUUUCCCCGGUCUCACUCGACGGGUCACUGUAACUCACUGAUUCGACCGGGAGAUGAUGUCGAACGGUUCACAUUAAGAUUACCGGACGAGGUAAGGAACCGGCUGGUUAAUACCGGUUUGAGCAGAAACCCGAGUUUCGCCGAGUUACCGGCCCAAAGAAGUUCGACGAAGGGCUAUAGAAGUAACAGCGCUGGAACCGGUUGGGGACGGGCUAAUAAUUUUUAUUAUGAGCGGUUCGACCGGGAAGGCACGGCAGACCGCUGUGGAUUCACACCGGCUCCGCCUUUCUUCUCCCGGGGAAGUUCGACGAGGUCGUCAAAGGAGGAGGGCGGCGGCGGCGGAGGGGAGGAAUUGACGGUUAUUCCAAAGAGUUUGUUUAAGUCCGUCAAAGCACCGCUUGGUCGUUUAUUUAGUGGCCCGGACAAGGAUGAGACCGGGGAACGGUCGUCUAAUAAACUUAUGCCUGACAACCCGGUUUAGCUUAUAUCCUUCUAAUUAAUUUUGUGACCUUAAUUAAUUGUUGUAAUUUGAUACACAAAUUUUAAUUUUUCCA